AUGGAACAUAAGGAAGAAAAUAGUGCAAAUGAUUAUUUAUCAAAAAGGACCAUGAAUUUGCCCCGAUCACUGAUAGACUGGUUCAGGAGCCGUCAUAAAGAUACAACCAAGCAGCAAUAUUUGUUGACGCCAGAUGAAAUAGAGAUGCAUAAAGCUAUUUCAGAUGUAUUUUACAAAUAUGAUGCUGACAACUCUAAUACUCUCGAACUAGUUGAGUUAAAGGAACUUUUUGACUCAUAUAAUAUUGAUAUCACCAUGAAACAGCUCAAAUUCAUGUUCAGUCUUGUAAAGCACAAGAACCCUGGGAAACUAGAUUUGGAAGAAUUUAAAGCCUUUCUAAUGAGCAAAGAAGUGAACCAAACUUUUAGAAAAAUAAUGAAGAGGUUACGUGAACGUGAGCCCUAUAAGCAUCCUGAAAAUAAAGCAAUAUUGCUUCCAUAUAGCUUUGCAAGUUUAUUAAACUUUUUGGCUUCUAAGCUAAAACAGAGUCAAUUAAGAGAUGAGAUCUUCUCAGAGAAAGAGCUUGACCCUGAUGAAUGAAUCAAAGAUUCUGUCAGAUUCCAGAAGUUAAUCAAUGAGGUAUACCAGAAUAACCUCAAUUCAGAACUUGAUAAUAGAGCACUUGAGACAUUAAAGCACUAUAUUGAUCAUGAACAUAAAAAAAGAAGUUGUAAAAUAAAAUACAGCCUGCCAAAUAACUUCACUCUGGAUGAAAACGAUUUCAACCGUCAAAAAGACUUUUCUUCAAGAAUGCUGAUGAAUAACAUGCUUAAAGAAAAGAACAGGCAAAAUAUCUAUAAAUCAACUUUCAAAGCUCCAGCCCGCACUCACAGUUCAUCUUCCAAAAAUCUUCAAAAACUUCACCAAAGCUUUGCUUCAGUCUCUUCAAAAUCUUCACACUCAUCAAAUUCCCCAAAACCUUUGAAACUUAGCAGUGAAGCUCAGGCUGAAAUUCCGAAGGAGAUUAACAAAUGAAAGCUGGGACAUUUUUAAAGGAUUUGGAAGGUUUAGAGGACCAGAAUUGGUAAGUUUGGGGAGGAAGUAUGGGGAAUAAGCAGUUGAGAGUAACUCUUUCAUGCUUGAUAUUGAAGUCGUUGUGUUAUAGAACUGUAAGAUUAUACAGAAAGCAAAACAAGAGACCAAGGAAAUAGA